ACUGCCUAUCUGCUGACAUGUUACUUCACCAACUGGGCGCAGUAUAGGCCUGGCCUGGGAAAAUUCAUGCCUGACAACAUCGACCCAUGCCUCUGCGACCAUCUGAUCUAUGCCUUUGCUGGGAUGUCCAACAAUGAGAUCACAACUUACGAAUGGAAUGACGAGACCCUUUACAAAUCCUUCAAUGGCUUGAAGAACCAGUUCUCCACAAUGGUUUCCACUCCCGAGAACCGCCAGACCUUCAUCAAUUCUGUCAUCAAAUUCCUGCGCCAGUAUGACUUUGAUGGGCUGGACAUUGACUGGGAAUACCCUGGGUCCAGGGGCAGCCCAGCCCAGGACAAGUCUCUCUUUACUGUACUGGUUAAGGAAAUGCUGGCAGCCUUUGAGCAGGAAGCCAAACAGGUCAACAAGCCCCGUCUCAUGGUCACCGCGGCUGUUGCUGCAGGAAUUUCCAACAUUGAGGCUGGCUACGAGAUUGCUGAGCUUGGAAAGUACCUGGACUACUUCCAUGUGAUGACUUACGACUUCUAUACCCCUGGGGAUGGACAAACUGGGGAGAAUAGCCCCCUGUACAGUGGCAGUAACAAGUACUUCAGUGUUCAAUAUGCUAUGGACUAUUGGAAGAACAAUGGUGCUCCAGCUGAGAAGCUGAUUGUUGGAUUCCCAACCUAUGGACAUGACUUCAACCUCCAAAACCCAUCUGACACUGCUGUUGGGGCACCAUCAUCAGGAGCUGGGCCAGCUGGACCUUACACACGGCAGGCUGGGACUCUGGCUUACUAUGAAAUCUGCACAUUCCUGGACUCUGGAGCCACCCAGGCUUGGGAUGCCCCCCAGGAUGUGCCCUAUGCCUACAAGGGCAACGAAUGGGUUGGCUAUGACAACAUCAAGAGCUUCAACAUCAAGGUUGACUGGCUGAAGAAGAACAAUUUUGGAGGUGCUAUGGUUUGGGCCCUUGAUCUGGAUGACUUCACUGGCACUUUCUGCAAGGAAGGCAAAUAUCCCCUGAUCACCACCCUGAAGAAUGGUCUUGGACAGCAAAAUGGCAACUGUGUGCCUUCGACUCAGCCCAGCUCUCCCGUCACUGAACCUCCCUCUAAUCCAGGUGGAAGUGGAAGUGGAAGUGGGAGUGGGAGUGGAAGUGGGAGUGGAAGUGGGAGUGGGGGCUCUGCUGGUAGUGGCUUCUGUGCUGGCAAGGCCAACGGCAUCUAUGCAGAUCCAACCAACAAGAGCCUCUUCUACAACUGCCUUAACGGCAGAACCUAUGUGCAGAACUGCAGUGAUGGUCUCGUCUUUGAUGCCAGCUGCUCCUGCUGCAACUGGCCAUGA